AUGAAGGCAACUUUCGCGGUCGCCGCUGCUGCGGCCCUGACCGGUGUCAACGCUGUCAGCGUUCACCACCGACACGCUCGCGCCCACGAUGCGUUCCACGCCCUCGAGAAGAAGGCUGACAAUGCCACCUGCGGAUGUACUACCAUCUACAGCACCUACUAUGGUGAAGCCACUCUCUCGUUCCCUCCGGUUCCCCCCACGACUUCUGCUACGCCUGUGGCUACUCCCUCUUCCACCUCCACCCCUCCGCCGCCGCCAGCCACGACUACCUCGACCGCCGUGCUCGUCCCGACGCCAAUUCCCCAGACUAUCUCGACCACGGGUGUCUACACUUUCCCUGCUACCACCGUCACUCUGACUGAGUCGACUACGGUAUGCGUUCCUUCCACGACCGCUGUCCCCAGUGGUACUCACACCCUCGGCGGUGUUACCACCGUCGUCACAACCGCGACUACGGUUACCUGCCCGUAUGCUACGGUUUCUACCAGCGAAGGUGUCACUACCAGCAUCAUUGAGACCACGACCUACGUCUGCCCGUCUGCUGGUACCUACACCAUUGCUCCCAUCACGACCACGGUCGAUAAGUCCACCACUGUGACCGUCCCUUCCGUCACGAACUACCCCCCUGGAACCUACACUCAGCCUGAGGUUGUCACCACUGUCACUGAGACCAACACCGUUGUCUACUGCCCGUUCGACAUUCCUACUCCUAGCGUUUCGAGCACUCCCGUCCAGGUUUCGAGCACUCCCAUCCAGGUGCCGGCCUCGGUCUCCGUUGUCGUCCCCACCAUCAUCCCUACUAUCGUCCCCACCAUUCCCACUGUUCCUAAGGUCUCUACCUCUAUUGCCGUGGUUCCCAAGCCCAGCUCGUACCCGGCUUCUUCUCCCUCUUCUUCCUCUUCCCCCUCUUCUUCUUCCACUCUCUCUACGCCCAAGCCCAGCGGUACUCUCGGUGGACCGGUUGGCCAGCCAUGGGGUAUCUCGUACACUCCUUACGAGACCAGCCAGCAGGGUGGAUGCAAGAGCGCUAGCCAGGUUGAGGAGGAUAUUGCUGCUAUUGCCGCUGCCGGUAUCAAGUCCGUCCGUGUCUACUCCACUGACUGUGAUACCCUCCCCAACGUUGGUGGCGCUUGCGCUAAGCACGGCCUGAAGAUGAUUCUCGGUAUCUUCAUUGACUCUCCUGGCUGUGAUGCCCACAACCCCAGCGUUUCUGAGCAGAUCAGCGCCAUUAAGAGCUGGGCCAAGUGGGAACUUGUUGAACUUAUCUCGGUUGGUAACGAGGCUGUCUUCCACGGUUACUGCGAGCCUUCUGAGCUCGCUUCCCUCAUCACCAAGUGCAAGGGCGAGUUCAGCGGUUACACCGGCCAGUACACUACUGCUGAGACUGUCAACAUCUGGCAACAGAGUGACUUCUCUUCUGCUAUCUGCGGUGUCGUCGAUGUUGCUGGUGCCAAUGCUCACGCUUUCUUCAACACUCAGACCGCUGCCCCCCAGGCCGGUCAGUUUGUCAAGGGCCAGCUCGAUAUCGUCAGCAAUAUCUGCCAGGGUAUCUCCGGUAUCAUUCUUGAGACCGGUUGGCCCUCAGCCGGUGAGACUAUGGGUCUUGCCGUUCCCGGUGUAGCCCAACAAGCCGAGGCUAUCAAGAGCAUCGUCGAGGAGUGCGGUGACAAGUCUGUCAUGUUCAGCUUCUCCUCCGACGCGUGGAAGGACCCUAACACUGCCUGCAAGUGCGAGCCUUACUUCGGUGUCGCUGCUGCUCUUGGCAUCAACAUCAACAUCAGCAUAUAA